AAGUAUCUCUGUUUGUAUCUCUGUCAUUACUCUGGUUUAAUUGAUUAAAUGAUUUGCUUACUUUAACGGUAACUUGUAAAUGUUGAUUUUGUCACUCUGUUUUGUUCUUUUUUUUUUUUUUUUAUCCUAGGUGUAGCCGUGUAUCUUGCUGUUCUGUGUUGUUGAGCUGUUGUGUGUCAAUUUCAAUCAAUAUCUGUGUCUGUCUGUCUGUCUGUGUUUGUAUCUGUCUGGUUUCCCCAGUUGGUACAUUGUUAACUCCGAUAAUGCACACGGUGAUACCCGUUUGAGACAACGUUUGGCUUCAGUGCGAAACUCCUUCACACAUCUGUCCCGCAUGGGCGCUGCACGGUGGAGAAAUAUUUUUGGUUUCAGGACAGAGGAACAAGCUUCUAAAUGUAUGUUUUGUGUGUGUGUGUGUGUGUGGGGAGUUUUUAAGUGUAAAAGAGACUGUGACACUAAGAGACAGGCCCUGUCCGCCCUCUCAAUAACCGCUCUUGUUAUCACUCUCUCUCGAUGAUAGGUUGUGAGCGGCUGCGAAGGGCAGAUGAAGCACUGGAGCAAAGUGAAGGCCGACUACGAAGCUCUUCAGGAGCGCCUGCGGACACUCCCCGACAGACUCUCCUACGACGUCAUGGUCCCAUUCGGACCUCUGGCCUUUAUGCCUGGGAAGCUGGUCCACACCAAUGAGCUCACGGUCCUGUUGGGGGACAACUGGUUCGCCAAGUGCUCUGCCAAGCAGGCUAUGGACCUGGUGGAGCACCGAAAGAAGCAUGUGAAAAAGGUGCUGGAUGACCUGGACAAAAUGAUGAAGAGCUUUCAGGCCAGAGUGGGACUGACAGAAGACCUGGAGGAAAUCUCAGGAGGAAAGGGCAACUAUGUAGACAUCAGAGAGGAGGUGGAAAAUGAGGAGAUCCUGACCAAAGGUAAGAAGCGAGUGGCGCACACACGAAACUCCAAGCCCAAGGUAGAAGAUGUGCUGGAAGUGAAGGAGCAGGAGGGAGGAGAGCAGCACUGCCCAGGGAUCCUUACUGAGGAGGAACUGUGGGCCAGACUGGAUGAGCUGGAGGAGCAGGAAGAGCGCCUGGACGAGCAGGACAGAAUGUCUGAUGGCCUGGAUAGAAACGGCGAAGACACAACAUCCUCGUCCUCCUCGGAGGAGGAAGACAAGGAAGGUGACGGCGUGUGUCUGUCCAAUAGCCAUCAUCGGAGAGAGGGCUGGUUGGAGGUGGUCCCUGGCUGCCAUGGCGAUGGUGGCAAAGCGGAGGAUGGCGAGGAGGACAGCACCUGUGUGCCAACCAUCUACUUCUCACACACGGUGGAACCCAAGAAGGUGAGAAUAAACACAGGGAAGAACACCACGCUGAAGUUCAGCGAGCGCAAGGAGGAGGCCAAGCGCAAGAAGAGGAAUGGAAGCACCAGCGGUAACGGGCAGACACUCGCCGAGCGAGUGAACAUCAGGACUCCUGCUGACAUUUACAGGGUGUUUGUGGAUGUGGUGAACGGCGAGCUGAUGCCCAGGAAGUCCAUACUGAAGUCGCGCAGUCGUGAGAACAGCGUAUGCAGCGACACAAGCGAGAGCAGUGCUGCUGACUUCGAGGAGCGCCGCCCUGCGGGCCGAUCACUGAGCCACGAUAGCGAGGCCACGCACAGCGACACAAGUGAGGGCAACCCCGACGAGGGCUGUCCACCUGGACGGGCCCCCCACAUGGCCAGCCUCACGGAGGCCUUUUCGGGGACCGUCAUUGAGAAGGACCCUGUGUUGCCAUCUGCUAUUCCCCACCUGACCAUUGCCCCCCCAGCAUUGCCAACGAUUCCUGAAAGGAAGUCAGAGGAGCUGGCACCUGAGGUGGCCCAGGACCCCCCGAAGAGAGUCUCCAAGUUCAAGGCUGCCCGUCUGCAGCAGAAGUGAACGUGCCCCCUCCCCCACGCUCUGCUGCUUUUAGCUUUAUUUUCCACUCUUCCCCUUUGCAGAGCUGACUGGGUGAUGUCACUUUCACCACUGCCCUGUGGCUCCACCCUCAGCCCUUCUGUUGAACAAAAGCCAUUUUGUUUGUUGCCUUCAUAGAUUUUGAUUAGUUUCUUUUCUUCUAAGAGCAAACUGCAGCAGUUACCGUGUUCAGAUUCCAUAUGCAGCUGUGUGUGGAAGAUGUGUUCAUGUUCAAUCCACAGUUGAAGAUCCACUGACACGUGGACCUGUCUGUGUCAACGUCCUCCACAGUGGACAGGCUUAGUCUUGUCCUUCUGCACAUGUGACCACAGGGGUGUCCUGGAACCACACACACAUUUCAGGCGAGUUUAGGGGCAGCACUUUGGGUGUUGUUAAUGUGCGGGAAAUGCUGUAGAGGAGCUGCUUCCGUUCUCAUGAUUUGGCUUCUAUUUUCUGGGGAAAGUAGACUAGGAAGAUGCCAACGGUCCACGCCAUUCUAUCUCUCUUCCUUUCUCUGCCUGCAUUCUUCAUGUUACUGGGUUUCAGCAGCCACUUCCUUUGUGUGCCGUACUUCCUGUGCCACACUGGGCCCAACUGCUGUAAAUAUGGCGAAUGGAAAUAAAGACACUUUUUGUGAAGUCCUUCUGCUUGGAGUUUUUCCUCUGAGUGUUGGAGCUUAAGAUGUGGUGCAGCAAGACCCAUCAUGUGUGUGUGUGUGUGUGUGGGGUCCCACAAUCUGAUGAAUCAUGUU